AUGCGGCAAGGCCAGGAAUAUACUGCUUGGGGUUUCUCCCUGGAGCUGUGCCGGGUGCUCUUCGACGCUCUCGCGCGCUCGGCUCCCUCGCUGGCCGCGGAGAUCGACUCGCUGUACGCGGGGCGCGUGGCGCACUACGUCCGAAGCCGGGAGCCCUGCGCGGACGGGAGCUUGCCGGAGAGCCGGCGCGAGGAGAAGUUCCUGGACCUGCAGGUGCCGAUCCACGACUGCGGGACGCUGGAGGAGGCCCUGCGGAGACUGGUCCAGCCGGAGCCCCUGGACGGCGACAACCGGUGGCACUGCGAGGAGCUCGGCAGGAAGGUCGACGCACUGAAGGGCGUCGACGUCGUUGCCCUGCCCGGCCUGCUGUGCCUGCAGCUGCUGAGGCCCGUGCCGCCCCUGCCAUGCUGA